GAUUACCUCCAGUACUGCGCAGGAGUACGAUGUUUUGAACCAGACGAGGACAGAUCUGGACGAGGUAAGAAAAAGUUGAAAAUUUGCGGUUGAAAUCUAUGGGGUUUUAUCAUCACAGGCAACUGAGAUGCAGGACAAUUGGUAUACCCGUCCUGUGUGGUGCAGAAAAAAUCAACCACGAUUCUGCUUACAUAGAAACCAUUUUUGCUGUGGCAUAUUUAUUUGAAAUUGUAUUAUUUCUAUUGCCAGACGGACACAAUGUUUAAUGCAAGUAUCAAUGAUGUUCCCCGAGGAGAUGAAAGAUUGAAUAAACUUCUUGCAAGGUAAGAUGUCCAUUUUUUUUUCAAUUUUCGUCUUUAAGGCAUCCAUGCUUAUUACCGUGGUAUAGAAUAGAAAAACUUUAUUUGUCCACGCUAACCCUGUCAACCGAGGCUGAUUUCCACAGGGGGCGUGUAAAAAAGAAUUACAAAAAUAUAGUAUAAGGUAUUUAAAGCUAUUUACAAUCUAUAGUAUCAAGUUAUAUAAACUAUAAGUAAGUCAUGUAUAUAUAUUUACAAGUUUUCAGUUUCUUAGGAUCUUGUUUUAGUUAAAGAAUGUGAGUAGCAAUUUUAUUUUGAAAACAUGACAGGGAUUUGCUUUCCCUAAUUUCAUUUGGAAUGGAGUUCCAUAAGUGAGCACCGUUAUACAUGAAACUAUUUUUCAUGUUAUUUGUUCGAGGUUGUGGUAAACAAAGACCACUGGAAAUGUCCCGAAGUUUGUAAUUUGUCAUCCCACUUUUAUAGGUGAAAAGGUUUGUGAGUGACUUAGGUAGGGGUGCACCGGAUUUCAAAUCCGGCCGGAUUUAACGAAUUUUCCGGCAUCCGGCCGGAUUUGGAGGCCGGAUUAAAUUUCUGUUUUCAGCUUAAAAAAAAUCACCAAGAAUGGGAUAAACCGUCAAUUUGGCAGCUUUACUGUUGCUCAAAUAUUGAUUCAAUACAUUACCUCGGGCCGACCAAUUCAUUUGAUCAAGUUCCUCGAGAUAUUCAUACACUUCCUGUGAAAGAGCCAAUUCCAAGUAUUUGAUCAUUUCUGGUCACUUCCUUUCUAUUUAUGAUUGGUUAGUUGCACAAACAACAAAGGUGAUUGGUGCAUUCAAACUAUUCAACAGGAAGUUUACAAUUAUACUAGGAAGUGUAUGAAUAUCUCGAGGAACUUGAUGAAAUGAAUUGGUCAGCCCGAGGUAAUGUAUUGAAUCAAUAUUUGAGCAACACUUCAAUUGGAACGACAGUAAAGUUUAAAAAGCCCUUAUAUUAUUAUAAAAUAUUAAGUUAUUAACAAAAAGAUAUUUAAAAAAGGUUUAAACACAAUCAAAAAUCUAAACUGACACUAACUAAAAAUAGUAAAAAACAUAAACCGCCAUUUUGAAUACUGAUUUAUCCCCAAUUGUUCCCAUUACCGGUUUAUCUCAAAUCCGGCCGGAAUUUUUGUCCAAAUCCGGUAAAUCCGGUUCCGGCCGGAUUUGAAAAUUCCAAAUCCGGUGCACCCCUAGACUUAGGGCCCAUUUUAUUCAAAAUUUUGUACAUAUAAAAGCCUUUCGUUUGUGUUUUGUCUAACAUUAUUCAAGAAUUUGAGAGAUGCUUUUCGUAAUUGUGUGAUGCUGCAUGUUUAGACUUGCUGAUGCCGAUCGCGUGCAAGAAGAAACGAACUUACAGCUUUCUGAAUUAGAGGUUAGUCGUCAUUACAUUAUUGAAUGAAAUCAGUGACGUGACGGAGGAAGAGGGAGCCCUCAGGCAUAUUUGGUGGGCCCUGUUGACUGUUGUCAAAAUGCUGUGUCUAUAAAUGUAACAGUCUCCAACACAAUUGACAAGAAUAACUUUUGUUUUAUUUUAUUUGAGAUGGAACAACAAAAUCAGUUACCGUUGUCGAAGUUAAAACCGUGUUUGUCAAUGUAUGAAUAUUUUGUUGUUUUAUUUGAAGGCAACAUUGCAACAAGAGAUAGGUCGUCGGCAAGAGUUAGAAGUUCUACUCGAAGAACAACAUAAGAGAAGAGAUGUGAGUAUAACCAAUGACGGUAUUGAAUAAGAUAUCGAGUCAAUCAUGCUGCAUGCACUGUGAAUACUGUCUAACUCUUCAUUCGUCUUGAACAUUUGUAUUUUUCAGUAAAAUACGUGAAUGAUGUUCAGCCGGAUAAAUGAGCUUAAAGUUGUUUUUUUUUAAAUCAGCAGGAUUUUUUAUUAGGGGCUGGCUGUUCGAAGCUGAAUUAUAGCGCUUGCCCAGCCCGGAAAUUUGGUCAUGCUAUGCAAAUAUUAAAUCAUUAUCAUAAUUCAUUUUUACAAUAAUUUAAACAAGCUGUCAGGAAGUUUGCUUUGAAUUUUAAGUAAUUAACCUAGGGUUAUAUGCUCAUCUUCUUUUGAACAACUGCUCCCAGAUAUCUUCACCGUCAUAUGGUCCUUUGCAUGUUUUUCAUAUCCUUUCAUUUCUUCAGCAUCGUGUUAACAUCUUAGACGAAGAGAGAACACCACUAACAGGAUCGCCUGCAGUCCAGGGUGGUCAAUUAUAUCAACAUCGAGUUUCACAUAUCAGUAAGUACCUGUUGAUAGAUUGUCAAGCUAGACCAAUACACCCUUUUUGAUAAUUACGUCACAAAUAUCUCCCUGACCCGGGAGCCUCAUUCUCGCAAGCCAAUAGCUUUUCCCGUUCAUGAAAACGAUCCUCCCAGGCCAAGGAAACUUUAGGAAUAAAGGAAUACCGAAUGGCUUUCCGCACGCGAGAUGUUGCGAGACUUUCGGAAAGCGUAAAAAUACUCGAGCCGCAAGCGAGUGUAUUUUUACGCUUUCCGAAAGUCGCCAACAUCCCAAGUGCAUGGAUCACGCUAUCCUGCUUGGAAAACCAUUUGGUAAUUGUUUUAUAAAAUAACUACAGUGAAACAAUGACAUUUUGUGAAUCCCGCGAAAAUCCCGCGAAGGCAUUUUAAUUCCUCGUGCAGGAUAGCCUGAUCUGCACGGCUAUUAACCAAUCAAACUGCGUGUUUCACUGUAGUUAUUAUAUAAAGCACGAUACUUCGUGCUGAGUUUCACAACAAACAUUUCCCUGCAAUGUGUAUGGUGUUAAACUUUGCAAAUUCCCUUCUAUGGCCCCUUGUGGCAAGUGUAGUAUUAUGUAAGUAAUUAUUAAAUAUUUUACUUUUCAGACAGGAGAAGUGAAACGUCCUUAAUGAGUCUUCGUGGUUGUCUUCAGUCAAGGUUUGAUCUAUUAUGACAUAAUUUCACAACCAUACUCAAAUAUGAAAUUGUUGGGUCUCAGGGUUCGUAGCGGUCUUUGAAAUCCUUGAAAGUCUUUAAAUUUGAGGUCUUUAAGGUCUUUGAAAAGUCUUUGAAUUGUGUGAAAAAGCGAAGAAAGUCUUUAAAAGUCUUUAAAUUCUUUAGUGAGUAUUUGAUUAUACGAAUUCCUAGCCAAUAAAAUAGAUUGAUUGAAGCAAGAUUUUCGCAAAUAUCGACGAAAAGGCGCAUUUUACGAGGUGAUUUGACUGGACUAAUUACCGGGUAAAAAUGGUGCUUAUACACUCGCAUUUUUUCGACAGCUGUUUCCUCUCAAAGGUCUUUGAAAGUCUUUCAAAAUAUAGGCAGAAAAAGUCUUUGAAAGUCUUUGAAUUUUGUUGGUCUUGGAGACUACGAACCCUGGGUCUGUUUUGACAGUUUGAGUGUGUCGUGUAAUGUUGGAUCUCGUUUGCUUUCAUUCAAAACAUUCAUCGAAUGUUGUUUAACCUUAUGAUAGACUUCCCGGAGCAAUUGUCUUGAAUCUCUCAGACUGUGGAUUUUAUGUCUGGGUGUUUAUGUUUCCCGCGAUUGAAAAUGUUGCCAGAUAUUCAUAAUAUGUCGUGAUUAAAUUAUUGAAUAUUUUCAUUUUGUUUGAUCUGUUGUAUCUUUCUAUUUUUAGUGGUUUGCUAGCUCGGCUAUUGUGUGGUCAAGCAAGAGGACGAUGGCCUAUCAUGUUGUAUUUAUUGUUCAUACAUUCUGCUCUACUUGUCUGUUUCUAUUUUCUAUACGCAGCUUAAUUUUCAACAUAUAUAAAUCAUCUUUUUAAGGUAACAAACAAAGAUAUUGAAUAUUAAAAUUGUUUAUAUUAUAAUUAAUAAGCGAACAAAUUCUUGUUAUUUAGAUAACUUUAAUGUAAUAAAUGUAUUAACACAAAACCUCUUUUUGUUUUAAUUACACAGUUCAGAGUAAAAGUGAAGUUUCGAGUUGAAAGGUAAAAAGUUUAGACUAAAUAGUUAGACUAAAUAAUAAAUGUUAGUCGAAGGAAAUUUUCAGUGUUCGUUUGUCAAAUAAAUGUAAAAAAUUCACACCAGAAAUAUCAUCAAUAAAGCCAAUUACAAUUUGUAUAUCGAGUAUAGAUAAUUAGUACAUCGAGUAUAGUUAAUUAGUAUAUCGAGUAUAGAUAAUUAGUAUAUCGAGUAUAGAUAAUUAGUAUAUCGAGUAUAGAUAAUUAGUAUAUCGAGUACAGAUAAUUAGUAUAUCGGGUAUAGAUAAUUAGUAUAUUGAGUACAGAUAAUUAGUAUAUCGAGUAUAGAUAAUUAGUAUAUCGAC